GCAAUAAUUUCUUGCAUCAAUUUAUGGGUCCUACUCCUACCAUUUGUUCCCCAAAUCCUUGUGUUGAUUAGUUAUUUGAUUUUGAAUCAUCUCAUUUAAUUAUGAUCAUACCAUACCACGGCCCCCCAAUUUUAAGUUUGUUCUUUUUAUUUUUUUAUUAUUAUUUUGUUUCACAGAGGAGGUAGUGGGUGCGACUAAUCCACCUCCUUAGAGUGCACGGAAUAUCCCACAAGCCGUGUCACACCACAACUUUAUGGGGCACCAGGGCCCAAGUUCUCACCCGCUAGAUCCUUUCGUGUGUGUGUUUUUUUUUUUGCCCUGCAUCCACAACCACAAUACGGUUUUAUUCAUUACCGCUCUAAAUUACUUAAACAUGGGCUACAAAGGCGUUGGCAAAAGGGUAGUGAUGGGUUUGCUGAAUUUGGUUGCCAAGCACUAUGAGCAAGUGAUUGCUACUGAUGUGAGUGAAGCCCAAUUAAAAUGUGGUAUGCCACAUCCUCGAGUUCGAUACCUACACACAUCGUUAUCCAUGUCUGAUGACGAACUAGUGAGCAUGAUCGGGGGUGAGAACUCGGUUGAUUUGGUAACAGUGGCCCAAGCAGUGCACUGGUUUGACCUCCCAAGAUUCUACUCCAUUGUUACUCGCCUCCUACGGCAGCCAGGGGGCGCACUAGCUGUUUGGUGCUACAAUGACAUUGAAGUCAGCCCGACAUUUGAUCCUGUAAUGAAGCGCUUCCAUGACACUACCAUUCCCUUCUGGAACCCCAGCAUUCAGCACGUAUUCGAUGGCUACCGAACGCUUGCAUUUCCUUUCGAGAGCAUAGGCUUGGGUUCCGAGGGGAAACCGCUGCCACUGGAUAUACCAAAAGAACUGUCAUUUCAUGGGUUUUUGGGGAUGUUGAGGUCGUGGUCAGCUGUUCCUACAGCUAAGGAAAGAGGCGUGGAUUUGUUGCCAGAAGCAGUGGUUAAAGAGUUUGAGAGUGCUUGGGGUGGGUCUGAAUUGGUCAGGUCUGUCAUCUACAAGGCAUUUAUGCUUGCUGGAACAGUUAAGAACUGAAUUUAUUGGUCAUCUAAGGUGUUGAGUGGUUGUAAAACUUGAUUAUAAUUGUUUUCUUAAUGGUAAUUGUAAGUGGUGUUGCCUUCUUUUAUGUCA